AUGAAUUUGGCCAAGAAGAAAAUAAUAGAUGACAGCAUGUGUCCAAUAUGUGAGAGGGAAGAGGAGUCUACUAUUCAUGCCUUGUGGGGUUGUCCAGCUGCAUCAGAUGUGUGGGCAGAAAACGACAGUCCUGUUCACAAAUGGGCAAGUUCAGUAGGGGAUUUCAUGAAACUUUGGAAGCAGCUGAAUCAUUAUUUGGAGGAGAAGGUUGGUUUGGUGGCCUAUACUUUGAGGAGAAUAUGGUUGAGAAGGAAUACUGUUAUUUUUGAAAAGAAGUUUGAAUGCCCGAAAGCCUUAACUAGUGCUGCUCAACAGAAUUUUGCAGAAUUCAGAGAAGCUAAUACUGAUCCUAUGUCUACUCAGUCUAAUAGAAUUAUGGCUAGAUGGAAGAAGCCUGAUGCGUUGGCCUCUAAAUCUAAUUGGGAUGCUGCCAUUGAUGUUACUAAUAAGAGAGUGGGAAUUGGGAUUAUAAUUAGAGAUUCAGAGGGGGAGAUUUUUGCUUGUUUGUGCUUGAGAGUGAAUAAUUUGUUGAAACCUGUUUGUGUUGAGGCAUGUGCUUUGAGAAGGGCUAUGUUCUUUUGCUUAGAGUUGGGCUGUUCAAAUGCAGUUUUUGAAGGAGAUUCUCUGGUAGUGGUUAAUGCUGCUAACAGUGAAGGUGAAGUGGGUACAGAUUAUAGUGUUAUCAUUGAGGAUACUAGGAAAAUGCUUAAUAAUAAUGUGAGGUGGUCUGUAAAGUUUACUCAUAGGGAAGCUAACAAUGUAGCUCAUAUACUGGCCAAAUUGGCUCUUGAUUGUAGUGAUGAAACUGUAUGGAUUGAGGAGGGUCCUCCACAGAUAAAAAAUUUUGUGUUGAAGGAAAAAUAUUGUAAUGAUUGA